ACAGCGCUGCUGGCCGCUCAGAGCGCCGCGGCUCUCCCACGGGGGCGGGGCGCCGCGGGAGGGCGGGCUCGGCGGCGUCCCCGCCGCAGUCCCGGGUCGCUGCUGCUGUUGCUGUCGCUCUUCCCCCGCCGUCGCGGGGACGCUGACAGAUACCAUGAUGCCUCAGAAGAAGGGAAUAAUACCUUCCAGAAUAGCUGUGAACUGUUACUGGACAGUCUUGGCAGUCUGCUUGCUCUUUCUUCCAGCUGCAUUCCCUCUCCAGCAAGACCAGCCCAGAGUGUUGUUAGUGUCUUUUGACGGAUUUCGAUGGGAUUAUAUCUAUAGAGUAUCAACUCCCAAUUUUCAUUAUGCCAUGAAGAAUGGUGUUCAUGUCAAACAGGUCACUAAUGUGUUUAUAACUAAAACGUAUCCUAAUCAUUAUACAAUGGUGACAGGUCUGUAUGCAGAAAGCCACGGUAUAGUUGCUAAUGAGAUGUAUGAUCCUAUUCUGAAUGAAACUUUCUCCAUGAACAAAAUGGAGAUCUAUAACCCAAAGUUCUGGGAAGAGGCCAGUCCAGUAUGGGUGACGAACCAGAUGGAAGGACAUAAAAGCGGAGCUGCUAUGUGGCCUGGAACAGAUGUGAAAAUUCAUGGAGUCCUUCCUACGUAUUAUAUGCCCUACAAUGAAUCUGUUUCGUUUGAAGAUAGAGUUGCUAGGCUUAUUGACUGGUUUACAUCAGAAGAACCCAUAAACUUUGGUCUCCUAUACUGGGAACAGCCUGAUGAGAUGGGCCAUAUUCUGGGCCCAGAAAACCCACUUAUGGGACCGAUAAUUAGUGAUAUUGACAAGAAGCUGGGAUAUCUUAUGUCUGAACUGAAGAAGGCGAAGCUGUGGGAUGUGAUAAAUGUCAUAAUCACAAGUGAUCAUGGAAUGUCACAGUCAUCCUCCGAAAGGCUCAUUGAGCUUGAUCAGUAUGUGGAUAGAGAGCUUUACAAAGUGAUUGACCAUUCUCCUGCAGUAGCUAUUUUGCCAAAAGAAGGCAAACUGGAUCAAGUAUAUGAAGCUCUGGCCAAUGCUCAUCCCAACAUGACCGUUUAUAAGAAGGAGCAGAUUCCAGAUAGAUUACAUUACAAACACAAUAGUAAAAUUCAGCCAAUCUUAGCAUUGGCUGAUGAAGGAUGGGAAAUUGUACACAAUAAAUCUGACCAUUUUCUGUUGGGUAAUCAUGGAUAUGACAAUGUCUUACCAGAAAUGCAUCCAAUCUUUUUGGCAUUUGGGCCUGCUUUCAGAAAGAAUACCACCAAAGAAGCCAUGAAUGCUACAGACUUGUACCCCUUAUUGUGCCACCUACUUGGUAUUAACCCACGGCCAAACAAUGGUUCAUUCAAUGAUGUGAAAGAUAUUCUUGCUGAGGUGGUUCCGAGACAGCCUUAUCCUGAAGCCCGUGAAACAGAGUCCUAUGCUUACUUCAUAGGAAUUUCUCUUGGCAGCAUUCUUGUUCUGUUUUUUCUUUUUGUUUUUGUUAAGCAUUUAACCCAAAGCCAGAUAAAUACCAUGCAAGUGCAACAUACUGAAAUUGCCCAGCCACUAUUACAAGGCUAACAGUACUUGUCGGUGGAGGCACCAUAAAGUUUUAGAAUAAGAUUUGGCGCUUUUUCCUGUUUGGCACUUAAAAGAAGCUUCUACAAAAUUAAGUGGGUCAGCAGAAAUAUGUGGAGUAAAACAAAAUGGGUACUGGAGUACAUAAAUAUCAGGUACAUACAGAAGGAGCAUGUUUCUGUUUCACCUUACAACCACUAAAUCUUUCAGAGGUUGAGAAUAUUCUAGGUAAACCUGGAAAGCUGUGUAUGUAUCUACGUACAUACAGUGUACAUGUAGUAACAGUAGACCUUGAAUACCUCAUCCUGAACUGCUGAUAGGGAAGCAACAUCAACUGAGGUGCACUUCACAGAAUAUUACGUGGUGAUUUAACUUCCUUUUUUCAGCGACCCUUUAAUUCUCUUAGAUUCUAACAGGUCACUGAAUGUGACUAGACUCUGCUUUUGAGGUUCCUCUUCCCUGCCUAAGGAAGUUCUAUAAUAGAUCACCAUUAGAGAUAGCUUGGUGGAUUAAAUCCCACAGAAUACAACAUUAAGCUAGGUCACGCAAUGCUAGGUGUCUGAGUUUAGAACUAGGUGUGUUUCUUCUGAGUCCUGUGUAAGUUGUAGCACUCAAAAUAUUAAUGUAGGUGGUACUGCCUUUAGUAAUCAGCAUUAAAGUACUUGAUUAAUUUAUUUCUAGGUAAAUGUAGGUCUUCACUUUUCCUUUUGCUUCCUCCAUAUUGGACUGAAUUUUCUUGGAGUUCCCUGUGGCUGGCUGUUUAAAGACACAUAUAAGUACAACAGUUGUAUAUCCAAAUGGAGUCUGUUAUAUUUCUGUGAUAAGAGGGUUCUUUCUGAACAAGGCUAAUGGAUCAGUUAAGGAACGUGCCGUGCAAGCUUUUUUUGAAGGGCUGUGGAGCUCACCACUGGAUGUAAAGUCAGAUCCAUCAAUGAAGACAGCUCGUAGGGUGAGCUUGCCUGCUGUCUUAUGUUUUAUCUGAUAUGUCUGGGUGGGCCCUUAAAACUUUAUGAUUAGCACCUCUAAGAACUAGACACAAUUUUAAGGAGCAAUCAUAUAAAAUGUACUCUUAAAUCUGAAAAAAAACCUUGCUUUAAUAUGACAUAAGGCAUAAAAUUAAAUUGAAUUGAAUAAGAUUGAAGUUUUUCCUUCUAGAAGGAAGUCUGUCUUAGGAAAAAGUGUUAACCUUGAGUCAGACAAAACUAUAAAUUGCUCUGAAUCUUUUGAGGGGAUUGCUGAAGUAAAUCUUCCCUCUAUUGCAGCCUUUUUCAGUGAGCUCAUUUAAGUGAUAGGUGAGAAGCUGCUGACUAAGGUUUGUAUGGAAGAUGUGGUGUUUAGUGAGAAAACUUGUCUAGUUGUCAGACUUCUUCAAAAGCUGGUUUUUUUCUCCCUGUUUGAGUUAGUAUUUGUCUGUGUGUUUUGCUUCUGAAUACAAUACGUGAAGGAGAAAAAAAUUCUUUCUAAAUUGACUUAAAUAUUCAGUCUGAUAUUUCCAUAAGUGCAAUUUAUUGAUGCAUGCAUGUACAUUAGUGCUGAUGCUUUAUUUGAAAAGUGGAUUAUGCUUUCCUCAAAACAGAGGAAACAGCUUUAUCCACAGCCCUCAUUAGAGGGCAGAGGUAAGAACAUCUUUGCCUUGGAUAGUCUCUAUGUCAAGAGAAACUAACGAUGUGACUUAGUGAAAAAAGGUGACUAACUGAAAUCCAAAACUUAUUCUGCUAAACUUAAUUCUAGACUUAAAGGAUGACAUCUAAGUUCAGAUGACAUCUAAGUUCAGACAGAAGUUUUCACUUCUUGCUGCCUCAGUGAUGAUUCUACUGUGCCAUGUUACUUCUGACAAAGUGAGCGCUGGACAGUUUGUAAUCUGUGGAUUCUUCAGUGAUUGCAGAGACACUUGGAUCACAUUAAGCUCAGAUGUGGAAGAUUUCCAGAGACCACAGCUAAAUGCAGUGAAGGCUCGAGAGGGAAGGCAGUGAAACACACCAAUGUCUUAAGGUAUAUGCUGAAAUUUUAACUCUAAAAGUACCUUUAAGAAGGCAGGAAACUAGCAAAUCUGUUGGAGGAUGGCACCUUAAUUGGGGAUGUGGAGUACUGUGAAAUGUAAUCCGACUCAUCUCUGCAGUUCUGCUGUUCCUGUUCUGGGUACUUUGGUGUUCCUGCAUGCCCAUUCUCUUAAGAAAGUGCUGAAGGAAAACUUCUGAGAUAGUUGUGCCUGACAUUGUAAAGCUCAUUCUUAAUGGAGCAGACCCUUAAGUAUGCCUUAAGUCUGAUUUGUUGACACCAACUAAAACUGAAUGUCACAGGGGUCAGUUAGAGGAUUAUCAAGUUGAAAGAUGAAUUCAGAAAUGAUCUUCACAGCAGUCUCUAGAUAGGCUUGGGAAGUCUGUGUGGCAAAUCUAGACUUCUAAAUCCUUACUAAUCUUUCCUAGCUGCCUUCCAAGAAAUGGAUGACAGAUAGCAAUUGAUGUAUUGAUUCCAUGUUUUCUUAUUUGCAUCUAAAAAACUUGCUGUAGCACAAACGUUAUGUAUUCCAGUUUAAAGAAAGAUUACAGUUUGGGUUAAGGGAAAGACAAUGUAUGUCUGAGAUGGGCAGAGAGAUGCUAUAAUCCCCACCUGUCUUCAGUAGCUACUUCAGUUCCCCACUUUGGAACAUGCUGCUUUAAUAGAAAUUUCCUGGUGAUACUUAUGGCAGAUGUUAAAUUAACUGGAUUAUAUUGUCAGAGGUGUGCAUUAGACUCCCUCUUUUUUAUUGUGACAGGUGAGGUUCUAGGAUCAGCCAAGGUGACCCCUGGUCUUCAAGGGGCAAAGUUAGUCAGCAUUAUUCAGUCAUGCUAGCAUUUAUGUCCUACCUCCCCAAACAUGUGACAAGGGAAGAGCAGUAAGUUUCCACUAUCAGCGCAUUUGGGAACCAACAUAAUAUCCAAAAUAGGUUGGGAACGCAAGCAUGAGAAUUGUCUUCAAUGUCAUUGUUCUGUAUUGCACUGUAAGGCCCUUUUCAAAGAGGGUAAAAUGACACUUUGUAGAAAACUGAAAUCUUUCAACAUUCAGGUGUUUCAUUUUAGGUUACAACAUGUUUCCUUAUUGUUUAGGUGUAUUUAUAAAUAACCACUUAGGUAGUUACCUUGUUAGGAUAUUUGCCUAGCUGGUAUUAAACACUGCUUUAAGUUAGUGUGCAUGUAUGCUUAAUGAACAUGAAAACACAUAUGAUACCACUGGGGAGAAGGACCAACUUUUCAGACUUGUGAUGGGAGAUUCUUCAGACUUUACCUUUCUAGUGGGGGAAGACCCAGGAUUUGGGGGGUUUUUGUGUGUUUAGUGCCUUUUAUGAUUUGCAAACAUUUUGUCAGAAAGUGGGUUUGCAUACACUAUAUAUUGGCUUGUAGCUAAAGCUUGGGAAUUGAAAAGCUUGUAUGAUUAUGUGCUGCUUUACUGACCUGUGGAACAUACGCUGAGAUGUCUAACAUUUUCUUUUCUUCCUGCUUGGAAAUGUCAAAGUUGAAAUAUAUAUUUUCUAUGUGCUAUCAAA